UUUGCCCACAUCAUCAUAUAGUUUUGAUUUUCUAAAAAUGAAACUAUUGGCAGUUUUAGCAGCACUCAUCGCAGCAGCCAAUGCUCAAUCAAUUAGGGAUGAUUCGGAAGGCUGGUACGUACCGCAGCUAGAUGGCUCCGUAGUGUUUAGGCCUCGAGAUGUGUUCAUGAAAACUUGUGGAGGUUAUGAUAGAUUCGAUUUCAAUCCAGUCAAUUACUAUUUGUACACCAAUGCAGAUCCUCUCGACGGAAAAAAACUCAACUUAUCCUUAGCUAGUUUGGUGAGCUCACCCUACAAAAAAGGAUCACCUACCAUUUUCGUCAUACAUGGAUGGACAGGCGCUUACGAUCAACCUAUCAUCUAUAAAAUUAUAAAAGCCUGGUUAGGAAGGGGCGAUUUCAAUUUAAUCUCCGUCGAUUGGGCACGUGCGCGCUAUACUGAAUAUUGUGGGUCGUAUUUGGCCGUUCGUGGCGUUGGUAACAAUAUCGGAAAGAUGAUCAAUUUACUAACAAGCAGUAAACUCAAUACCGCGUCCAACAUCCACCUUAUUGGUUUCGAUUUAGGCGCCCAUAUAGCAGGUUAUGCUGGCAAGUAUGUUGGCGAUGGUAAAAUCAAAACUAUAACAGGUCUGGAUCCAGCUUUACCUGGCUUCGUGCAUGGGUGGUCAGCUUUUAGGCUACACUCUACUGAUGCAGAAUACGUUGAGACCAUUGUAACUAGCGGUGGAUUACAAGGUUUGCUAAAGCCUAUUGGAAAAGCUGUUUUCUACGUUAAUGGUGGUGAACAUCAACCUGGAUGUAUUGUUGACAUUUUUGGUAUUUGUGCCCAUGAGCGUGCUGUUACUUACUACGCUGAAGCUGUGCAACAUAAUCAUUUCGGCACCUACAAGUGCCCUCAUUAUCAAACAGCUCUCCAUAAAAAUUGUACCCCUACAUUCUCUAACGUUCGUAUGGGAAAUACCCUCGAAAAUCCUGGCAAAGCUAAUGGCAUCUACUAUGUCCCUAUUAAAUCUAAGCAUCCAUUUGGCAUUUCUCCAUCUUCCUAAAUAAAGCACUGAAGGAUAUGCCAGUUUUCUUUAA